CAUUAAGGUUGAAUAUAUACGUUGUUCAACCGAUAGUAGCAAUCCUUGUGGCAAAAAGAUAUAUAUAUAUAUAGAUUUAUUUUUUUUACCAAUGGAAAUUGUUUACUUUUCGAAAAGUGAACUGCGUCGAUUUACACGGACACGUGCUUACAUGAACCAUAUUACGGAAAUGUAUGAUUGACACACUAUAACACAAACUAUUGGCCGAGCUGAGAUUUACGAUUGACGAGUGUAAAAUAAAAAGAAAACGUGUGGAGAAUACCAUCUAUUUUAUGCUCUAGAUUUUGUAACACAGCAAACAUCAAAGCAUGCAAAAUGGCAACAGGUUAUGACGGACAAACACUAGCGGGUCGAAUAUUCUAUGAAGAAUUUGACACAGAUACGCGGGGAAAAGAUGUUGAUCCUCCCGUAGGACGUGGAAGAAGUAGAGGCAGACACCAUUCUGGAAGAAGACCAAGAGGAAGAGCUCCGAGCAGAGGUUUUCUAGGCAGCAAUAACAACGAUCGACACUAUGCGAAUGGACAUCAUAGAUAUCCAAAACGUGGUCAAUACGGCCGACAUGAAAAUCGUGAAACACGAGGAGCUUUUCGUGGACAACGAUACUCACGUGGUUUUAAUGUCACAAACGAAGCGACAGAUUUAAACCGCGUUGAAUGGACCGAUACAAAUGUAUCGAGAGACAAGCGAGAAAUGCGGUUUCAUAGACUGAAAGACAUAUGUGAACAUGAAAAUGCAGAUGAUGUCUUUUUGGAGUUAAGUCACUCUAAAAGUGGCUUUAGUGAAUUAGUACAUAACUCGUUUGAUUAUAAAGAUAAUGCGUUCUAUAUACUGAAAGCAACGGCAGUCGCCAUUAAGUCAUCUAUUUCAUUCAAUUUGAGAGAGUUUUUAGAAAGGUUAUAUCCAGUGUUAUUUCCUAAAAUCAGUCAAUUGUUGGGGAAAAUAGAGAUGCAUGACAAAAGCGCAACCAUUUUAUGGACUAAUACACAGCAGAUGGCCCAAUUUCUCAAUGAUAUUUCAGAAUUCCUUCAAGCGCUUAUGACUAUUCUUCCUGUCACCUUGCCAAGCUGCAACACAGUUAUAUUUGUUUUAAAGUCAAUCGCCAGCAAAUAUCCACAGUUCAACUUUGACACAACAAACUUAACAGAUGUGUUCAAUUUAGUGAAAACAGAACAUGAACGUCUUACGGAAACAGAACAAGCAAAGAAAAGACCUGUAUACAAACAUGUUGAUCAUGAGAUGGCUCCACCAAAUAAUUUUAGGACAAUAAGCAUUUUCCCAAAACUUGAAGAUAUCCACCUAAAUGAGCUACCUUUUCUAAGAGCAAACAAGACGAAAGGAAAGUAUGAUUGUCUCGAUACAUAUUUAGAUAUUCAGUUCCGUUUGUUGCGCGAAGAUUAUAUGCAACCUCUACGUCAAGGUAUCUAUGAGUUUAGGGGAUGUAUACAAAACGGUAUAAGCGUUAAAAAAUUAAGGAAUAUUCGCAUAUAUCAAAAUGUGCAGAUAAUGCAACCAGUUUGUUCUGCACAAGGGAUAAAUCAUGUGAUACAAUUUGAUAAUUCACAACUUGGCGCGAUUAAUUGGGCUUCGUCGAGAAGACUUCUUUAUGGUUCACUGGUUUGUUUGUCUGUUGACAAUUUUGACACCGUUCAUUAUGCUACCAUCACCAAGAGAGAUGUAAAUGGUCUACGAGAAGGUACACUAGAAGUUCAUUUGGAAAAUAUUGAGGACGGUGUGCUAGCUAACCAUGGAAAUCAGUCAUUUGUUAUGGCCGAAACAAGUGCCUACUUUGAAGCAUACAGAUACGUCCUGCAAGGCCUGCAGGAAAUUAAAGGAACAAUGCCGAUGACAAGAUACAUUAUAGACUGUGAAAUUGAAAUAAAGCCACCAUCAUACCUACUUUGUCUGGGUGGUCCACAUUACAAUUUUUCACCGCUCAUGAAAGAUACUAACAAUAUUGUUGAAUACCCCGUGUUAAACACACAUCGUUGGCCUAAAGCUUGUGAGUUAGGUCUAGACAACUCACAAUACAAUGCCCUUCAAACUGCCAUCACAAAAGAGUUCUCCAUUAUUCAGGGCCCACCUGGAACAGGUAAAACAUUUGUUGGCCUAAAAAUAACUGAGCUUCUCCUGAAAAACAGUGCAUUUUGGAAAACGAAGACAGAAGCAAGCCCACUAUUGGUGGUAUGCUAUACAAAUCAUGCAUUAGAUCAGUUUUUGGAAGGCAUUGCCAAGGUUUGUGAUCUAAAUGGUAUUAUCAGAAUCGGCGGGAGGUGCAAAAAUGCUAGUCUGGAACCUUUCAUUCUUCGCAACGUGAAGGAAAGAAUGCGUCGGAAGAAAGAACGUUCAUUCACAGUGAUGCAAAGUGAAAGAGAUUGUAGAGCUCGACUAAGAGAGAGUGAGCGGGAAAUUGAAAAAAUAAGCGCUAAGAUAAAACGAACAACUUAUCAAGUAGUUAAUUUUACUGCUCUUAAACCGUUUAUGAAUGGAAAACAUGUUAAAGAAUUUGAAAUCAUGAAUAAAGAGCAAGGUGAUGAUGACAGUACAUUGCUACAAACUUGGUUAUUAUAUCAACCAUUUGGAAAUCAAAUGCUUUUAGAUUCUGAUGCGAGGACUCAUAUAACUCAAAGAUGGAUACAAUUCAUAUUAGACGAAGUUCGUCCAAUGACAAUGUGGGAACUUAAUGAAAUAGAUGACUUUGGAAACAAAGACCUAUAUAAAAGAGCUGAAAUUUACAAGACAAUGCACAUGGAAUGCAUCAAAACGUUAAAGAUAAAGCCGGAAGAGUUGUCAAGGUUGCUAACAUUAACGGAGCUAGAAAACGGAUUGUCUAAUCCAGUGACCCAGAUAAAGCUUAAAUCUUUAAUUGGAAAUAUAAAAUCACCAAAAGAAAAUAUUUUGGACGUUUGGCUUUGCAUGAACAAUUUAAAUAGAAUAACAGAAGCAAUCGAAUAUUUUCAAGGACAAUAUGCAAGUGAAACCAUUGAUGGCAGUGAUGAAAUAAAAGAUGAUGAUUUGGAAGAAGACAGAAUGUUAGAUGACAUCGACGAUGACUUUCAUGUUCACUACAAAAAUAUUAACUUAGAAAUAGAUAAGGAUAAAGAGGAACGAACGAAUGUUAGUAAUGAGGAAUGGAUCCACGUGUUUGGUCAGAAAAAAAAUGCAAGGAGAGUGAGAGCUUUGCUGAAUAAAGCUAGACCCAUGUCUGAAGACGGCGUGUUUAAUGUCAAAAGUAUUCAGUUUUUGGAUAAAGACAAAAGGUUGGAUCUGUAUGCAUACUGGUUGCAAAAACACAGAGAAGCGUUAAAAAACGAAGUCGUGCUUUAUGAGAAUCAGUUCAGAAUGGCUACUGCAAGUUUGCAAGAAGUUCGUGAUUUUGAAACUGUUCAAAUUUUAAAAGCGUCUAUUGUUAUGGGAAUGACAACAACAGGGGCAGCGAAAUACAGAAAAAUACUUCAAAGGGUAAAACCACAGAUAAUAAUUGUCGAAGAGGCAGCGGAAAUUCUUGAAUCCCACAUAGUAACUACUCUGGGUGACAGUUGUAAGCAUUUGAUACUGAUUGGCGACCACAAACAACUACGUCCUUCUACGACAGUAUAUGAACUUGCCAAAAAAUAUGAAAUGGACAUAUCUUUAUUUGAGAGGAUGGUCAGAAAUGGGGUUCCGUGUGUAACUCUUGAAGAGCAGCAUCGCAUGCGCCCAGAGAUAUCAAAAUUAUUGCGUCGUGAAAAGCUUUACCCGACGUUACGCGACCACGAAACUGUAUUGAGGUAUGACAAAGUAAAAGGUGUUGAUGUAAAUAUACAAUUUAUUACCCAUGAAGAGGAAGAAUAUUUCUCAGGAGAUUCGACAAGUUAUUCAAAUCCACAUGAAGCUAGAUACAUUUCCGCUCUGUGUAGAUAUUUUCUAAACCAAGGUUAUCCAAAGGAAAAUAUAACUAUACUUACUCCAUAUAUGGGACAAGUGUUGUUACUGCGCAAUGAAAUGCCAAAAUCAGUUUUUGAUGGGGUAAGAAUAACAGCUGUGGAUAAUUUCCAGGGUGAGGAAAAUGACAUAAUUGUGCUGUCGCUUGUUCGAAGCAGUUUGGAAAUCAAUGUCAAUAAGAGAAACCCGAUCGGAUUUGUGGGCAUUGAAAAUCGGAUAUGCGUUGCGCUAUCGAGGGCUAAAUAUGGUCUUUUUGUUCUUGGAAAUUUCAAACUGCUUGAAAGAAGCAGUCAACUAUGGAAGGAAAUAAUCGUAGAGUUGAGAAAAGCAAAUUUGGUCAAGCCAUAUUUAACACUUAGAUGUGAAAAUCAUCCAGAAAUGUAUACAUAUGCCUCAACUGCACACGAUUUUGAAAACGUUCCUAAUGGUGGAUGCAACAAGCCGUGUGGAAAAUACCUACCCUGUGGACACAUCUGCCCAAGGUCUUGUCAUGUUGUUGACAUACUACACGAACAUGUAACAUGUUACAGGCCGUGUAAGAAAAUCAACCCGAACUGCACAUUAGGACAUCAAUGUACAAAAAAAUGUCAUCAGAAGUGUGGGGAUUGUAAAAUUAUGGUUGUGAAAGUUAUUCCGAUGUGUCGUCAUUUGGCAGAACUUCCGUGUUAUUUGGACCCGUUCAACGGGAUUUGCAAUGCAGUCUGUGAAGUAAUUUUGCCUUGUGGUCACUCUUGUGAUCAGAUAUGCAAUACGUGUAAUUCGAAUGCACACAAUCAGAAAUGUGAAAAGAACGUGAUACGUAAUUUGCCUUGUGGCCACAAAGUGAAAACACAGUGUUACACGAAUAUUAUAGCUGAAGAAUGCCCGGUAAAAUGCAAGGCUGUUCAUGAAUGUGGACAUCCAUGUUCAGGGACAUGCGGCUCAUGUUUUGGUGGCAAAAUUCAUAAAAAGUGUAAAGGUACUUGUGGCAAGACGCUCCCAUGUGGUCAUAAAUGUACUUUUCCAUGCAGUGAAGAAUUAUGUCCACCUUGUUCACAAAAAUGCACAACAACUUGCAGUCAUGAUUUGAAAUGUAAUAAGAAAUGUUCUGAACCAUGUUACCCAUGUCAGCAGAAGUGUGCACAUAAAUGUAAACACAGAAAGUGUGAGAAUAACUGCUUCGAGAUAUGUUCUGUUGAUCCCUGCAAUGAGAAAUGCAAAAAAGUGCUAAAAUGUGAACAUACGUGCAGAGGCUUAUGCGGUGAAAAUUGUAUUUGCAUAAUAUGCAAUAAGCAUUUGAUAAGAAAUUGGAAUGAACAAUAUUCUCAUGCUGACGUAGUUUUCCUGCAACUUCCUGACUGUAAGUGCAUAUUUGAGGUUGGAUAUCUCGAUAAAAGUAAUGCGUUUAAAUUGCAUUCUGUUCAGCUAGAUGUGACUUUACAUUGUCCUUUCAAUCUUUGUGGAAAACGGAUUGAAACUGACAUUGGACGUUAUUCGUCAAAAAUGAAAAUGAUACGACAGUAUAUAUGUGAAACAUCAACACAAAUUCCACACAGUUUUGAAGAAGAGGAAAAUAAAGUUUUACUUAUGCUGAGAAAGGUCAAGCGUGAUGGUUUAUUAUCACAGGAAGAGUGCGAACAUUUUAAUAAGAAAAUUCAAGCUGGAAAAUUGCGCGAAUUGCACAGAACAGUAAAGAGAAUAAAUAAACUUCAAGAUUUAGCUGAAGUUGACAAAUGUAUCACAAAAUCCGAAAUGAAAAGUCAUUCCUAUGUCAGUGUGAGUGUUGAUGGGGUGUUAGGAUUAAAUACCAUCCGCAAUGUGAUUUUGUCCGACCAAUUUAGCUCAACAAAACAGUUCUGGGCGGAAGUAUCAAAAGAAAUUGACAGACUUCAAAUCAGUGUAACUUUCACUGCUCUGAAGAACCUCUUAUAUGGCAGAAGUGGUACAUACAUUGAUAAUAUUUUAGAUGUAAGCUUCAAUUCGAUUUCUUCUCGUUUAUUUGAUGGUUGUUUACUUCCAUAUUUAAAAACAAUUUCAAGUGAAUUAACUUCUGCAAUCACCAGUGGCUCUCUGUUGAAAAAGAAGGUCGAUUCCCAAAUAUCUGCACUGAAGGCAAAAUUAGAAUCUGGAGAUUCACGUGGGAUUAUCGGUAGUUUACACACCAAAGAGUCAACCGUCUCUAGAAAGACGAAAACGGAUGAACACUCAUGUGUAAUAGAUGCCAAUAAAACUUUGACAAACCGUCAACCCAUAAAGCCAAGUAAAGAUGCAGAAUCAGUUGAAACUGUAAGGUCCAGUCACAAUAACAUCGACAAAUUAAAACAAAUGCAAGGUACUUUGACACGUGUUCAAACUGACGCAACCCCUACUUCCUCGUUUACUGUAAGCACUGUCAUGAAUUCCGCAGGAUCAGAACGACCCAGUGCAGUAAACAAACCAGAUUUCUUAGUUUCAGCGAAACUUGAGCCUUCCCCAGUAACACACAUUAAGUACACGAAAUGUUUAGAUAACUCGAGUGACCAGUUAGACGGAUCAGAAAGCGCACCAAUGAAACCGUCAUUGCACCAGAGUCUGGAAUCUACAGCACGAUCCACAGAGGUUGCAAGUAUGAGAAAAACUAAAUCUAAUGCAAAUAAUGGAGACAUUUUACCUUCACCCGUAUCGAAAAUGACAACACCAAUGGCUCGGUCGCUCACACAGACAGCUGAAAAUGCGCGAAGGGUCACAACUUCAUCAACAAAAAUGCCUACAGAACCGAUUAAGGUUAUCCUCCCACCAAGCAGUCGAAAUGCCGUAAUGUCAAUCAAUGAAACAAACAUUAUUUCUGAAGCCAUAAACAAGAACAUUCCAUUAAGACAGCAGGUGACACAUAAUCUUGAAACUACCCAUCCUGACAGCAAAGAUACAUUAGUGGUGUCACGUUCAACUGAUUCAGUCCCAUUAACGGAGGGUCGGAUCGUUAGAAAAACGGAAGCCUCUAACGAACCGUUAUACUUUUCUAAACUUAUGAAAGGUGAAAACGUGUUUUCUGAAAAUUCAGAAAAUGCAAAAGAUACCUUCAGUGCAGCUCAAAAAGGCACGACGAUAGGGCGAGUUCUAACCAGCAAAGUUGCAUCUACAUCGCCUGAGCAAGAAAAUAGCUUUACUGCGCGGAUUAAUAAACAUCGUGAUAUGAAAGGAACAUUGUCAGAUACAACUGAUGCUGACAAUACGAUAGGACCUGGUCCUGUUUCGUCGCUUAAUCCGGAAACUAAAAAUCAAUCUUCGAAUCUUGCUAGCUCGUCAAGCAGCCAAUAUCAAAAUACGUCCGUAAAUAAAAAAUUAGGAAUGGAACCGAGAGAAAUUUUAACUCAAUUGUUUAACAAGGUUACCUAUAAGCUUGAAACUAAUGAAAAUCCUGUAGAUACAAAAGCCGUUAGGAAAAGUAAAUAUUUGAAAAGUACAUAUGAUAUAGAAACUGACUCCCAUGCAAAAUAUGCUGUAACUGAAAAGGAAAGUGGUUUUUCAACAAAACAUGAAAGUACGAAUACAGUGUUACAAACAUCUACAAGGAAUUCAAUUUUAAGAACCAUUAAAAGUAUUGAUACGCGAACAUCAAUGCCGAUAGGAACACAUCAUGACGUUAAAUCUCAUCAAACACCUUCAAAUGUUUCUAACUUGGGAUUGCAAAAAAAAAUCAAACGUGUAGAACAUCAAAAAGAUGAGCCAGGUACAGUUUCUAUCGGAAAAUCUAUGACAUUAAUACGGGGUCAGACAGAUGAGAGUACUACAGAAUCAUUGAAUUGUAUCCCAACCAGGACAUCCCACGAGACAAAAAAUAUUAAGGCAGGUAAUCAAAAAACUUUCUGCAUGCCAAUAACGCACCCAUCGCCAUCUAAAACAGAAAUUGCUGGACAAUCCGAUAUUGACUUGUUAUAUAAUGCUAACUAUCAAGAAAGUCCAGAACAUUUGAAAACAGAUUCGCGUGCGACUAACUCUCCACUAAAAAUUGGACGUGACCAUUUACUUUUACCCGAAAAUAAAACGUUAACACCAGUGACACGUUCUCUAACAAAAACAACUGACAUAACACGAAACUCGCAGGGCGUCGUGAAUUUGUCUUUAAAAACGCCCACAAUUGUUGAACUCAAACGGUCUUUGCAAGCGCCAAGUGAUAUAAGAACAAGAGAACAUAUUCCGACACGCAAUUAUUCAACAGUACACGAAGCGAUGAAGAGUUUAAGGCCACAAAGCGGUAAAGAAAAUUCAAUAUCAAUCAAUGCAACGAAUAUUUAUACUGAAGCCACGAACAGAUUUUCAGCUUUGGGACAGCAAGUCGCACAUAAUAUUGAAACUAACAAAGACACUGGAUAUACAUCUGAAUUUGUGGCGUAUCAUCCACCUGUUACAGUAGCACCAACUACUGACGAAACUUCGAAUUUUUGUAAAUUUAUGAAAAACUUUUCUGAUAAUUCAGAAUCUAGUGCUGCUUUGUUGAAUAAAGGCAAAUCGACAUGGCGAACGUUAAUCACUGAAGUUGAAUCCCAAUCGACGGAUUGGCAAGACAAUAAAUCAACUCGAACAUUGUUGUCAGAAGCAGCGUGUGCUACUAAAACAGUUGAACCAUUGUGGACAAAAAGAUUUCCAGAUGACCAAAAACGUGUUAUAGAUUCAAAAUCACGGAGCAGUAAAUAUACAUCAAGCGAAUCACGUGAAACAGAAGUUUGAAUGACACAACGAGGGAUCGCACUCGGAAAAAGCACACGUUAGCAGAGAAAGAUGAAACAAAGUCAGAAGCUUCUAGCGCCUCAAGCUUUCAAUUUUCAAAUGUCAUAGACCAGAACAAAUAUUGUGAAAUGUUCGUCUCAUCAAGACCAAAACCGGUUAUGGAUAAUGAUGGUACAUCACAAAAAAGAGUUGCGGUCGCGAUGAUGGAAGCAACACAAACACCUGUAUGUGUUCCCGACAGAAACAAAUCAGUAUAUUGUGAAAUCACACCGAAAUCUAACAUAGCGUUAGAUGGGAUUCAUAAUGCUCAUGGUGUGGUAUCUAAACUCCCGAGCGAAUUUGGAAAUGUACACUCAACUUCCGUGCCAUUUGAAAGAAAGUUUGACAGAUCACGAAAUGCACGAACUAAAACUAUCGCAACAUUUUCCGACGCAGUAAGUACCGUUUCACCAAUGGAAUUCGCGAUGUCCAAGGAAUGUCAUGUCAAUUGUAAUGAACAGUUUACAAUAUCUCCCAGCGUCAGUAAUUAUUUGGAAGUUCCGGUAAACAAAGACGAAAAUGCAGUUAAAAGUUCAAGACCAAAAUAUCUAACGACAGAGUUGACUAUUCUGGAAACAACGGAGUUUCUGCAAAGAAAGAGAUUGUAUAUACUUAGAGCAAGAAAUGCAAAAUUGGCAUUAGAAGCUUCCUGUGAAGCCACACAAACGAACUUUAUAUAUGAGCAUAAAUCUGAAGGUAAUAAUAUAAUAAAAAAGCAAAAGCAACAGUGAGUACCACAAACCCAAAUAUCUCGAAAAUCGAUUAAUGCAGAUGUGUCAACUAUAAAAGGUAUUGAUGUGAUUUUAAAUGUGUAGAUCAUCUCCGAGACCUUGGUGUGCAAAUGAACAACACCUUAUGUUUUGAGCAGCACAACGAAAGAAAAUCUCAAAUCGCUCGAGCGCAAUUUUAAAUUUUUAAAAUCAUUCGAUGGCACUUAUCACAAAAAACUGCAGAGGUCCUUGUGCGCAGCCUUAUUCAUUCUCAUCUAGACGUUUACAACGGUCUUUUCACUGAAAUUCCGAAAUAUUAGGAUGACAGACUGCAGCGAAUUUAAAUUCGAGCAGCCAGAAUGGUCGCUGAUGUUUCGCACGAUCAACCAAUCAAUAACAUUCUCAGGUCAUUGCACUGGCUCCCUAUACAUGCACGUGGAAUGUUCAAGAUGCUCGUGCUCAUUUUUAGAACUAAACGUGAAACCUCUUCAAUUUACAUCAGCGAGCUGUUCCCAACUGGUGAAGGUCGAUUCAGACUUCGAGUGAUGAUAAUAACUUCAACAUCUCAAGAACUCGAAAAAAGAUAGCGGAUAAAUCAAAAGCAGUUAUUGGAGCAAAGUGGUGGAAUAUUUUUCAAAAAAACUUAAAAUACACAUGGAGCGAAUUUCAGUUUAAGUCAAAACUUAAAACACAUUUUUUUAGCGUUUUAUAUGACAAUAUGUUUAGUUAUAUAACUUGCGCUAUAUAAGUGUACGUGUUUUUUGUGUGAAUUUGUUCAAUAUUUUUAUGAACCUGACUGAAACAAUGUUAAAUCACAGACUAAUUUUUGAUUAACAUUAUAUUUUGUGUAAAAGAUUUUUUAUAAAACGAUAAUGCCUUCUCCGCAAAUAAUUAAGUCUUCUCUGAAUGAAUGUGCUUAUUGUUUUCUUGGGAAGGGGAAUCUUACUUUUUUGCUACAUUUUUGUGUAUAUCUUUGAAUGUGUUGAAUGUGUUGUUGUGUAUAUACAUGUGAAUUGUUUAACUUAACAGUGUUUUCUCUUGAUAACAAUACGCAGGCAUGUCAAAUAGGACAUAGUGCCAUUUGCCGGUAUACAUUCGCAUUGAUUAGUAGUGAUUAACCAAACGAAACACGGUGAUCGGACACCAUUUGUGCUCAUUACACAUAGAAAUACAAAAGUCACGGUGCUUAUGUAUUGUACAGAUGGCGUUUUUUUUUAAAUAUGGAAUUAUGAAUGUCAAAGUUUGUCCUUUUUGUAAUCUGGUGUUAAAUUGUUAUAUUGCAAACAUAAUUAAUAAAAAAAAAAUAUGCAAAUUUGAUUGCUGUAUAAGUUUACAUAAUACUAUUUUAAGGUAGGCUUAAAUAAACUCGUGUAAGUGUUUGUGUGACCAUGAAUUUCACUAUUAAUUAUAAUUCUGUGUGUUUGUUCAUUGUAUAGUUUUAAACUUAUAGUAAGUCUGAUCAUUGAACAACUGGAAGUAUACUUUAGGGGCAACAAGCGGAAUAGUUAUCUUACUACAGCAUGCACUAGGUCAAUCUUUGCAAUUGUCCAUUGUUGUAAAAUAUAAAUAUCAAGUUGUACUGAUAAAUAAUGUCUGUGUGUGAUACAAUUUAAUGAGGUGAUUUAUUCAUGUUACAUUUGGUUCGAUAUUACAUAAUACUGGUGCGAUAUAACAUCAUACUGUGACUAAAAACGAUCUAGUGGUAUAUAAAGUUACCGUUCAUAAUAUCUUUUCAAUUAUUUUUUGAUACGAUUGACAGUGUUUGUGUAACAUAAUGAUAUGUUUUAUUAUAUAUAACACGUUAUAAUUUGUACCCUGGACAGUUAAGUUGGGUUCGUUAAUGUGCGGAACUAUUACGGCUUAAUAUAAAAAUGCUUUGUUACGGUGUUAUGCGCAUUGUUGUGUUACCAUUUAUUUGGCAUUUAAAAUACUGUUUUAUGAUAAAACGCUCUGUUUCAAAUUAUUCUACAGCUUUGUUAGACAUUACAAGCGUUACCAAAUUUGGUCUACGAAUGUGUAUUAUGUUUAAAUGUAUUCUUAUAUUUGGAUCUAAAGAUGUAUCAUAUUUUGAAUAUGAUUUUUCGUUUCAUUUUGUAUUGUUUAAAUGUUGAGCAUUACUUUAUUGUUCUUUUGAGAACAAUAUAUAUAUAUCAAUUCGUAUGAUAAAACAUCAUUGUUGCUUCUUCAGUUGUAUCUGAAGUUGCAGAUUUACACUUUCGUGAGAGAAUGAUUAUAGACAAGAACAAAUGACUCGUGUAUUUACUUGAACAGUUACUUGUGAUAAUCUUGGUAUUACAAUUCACUAUAUUUUUGUAGUGACUUUAUAUAGAGAGCAUUCUAUUAUAAAAUUGUAGGUGAUGAGGAAUUGCAUUGUUGCUAUUUAGUUUGAUAUUAUACAAUACUUUAUGCAUAUCCAUUUUAAGCGCACAACCAAGUAUUUCACAUUCCGCGAUGAAUGUUUACAGUAAUUAUCACAUAUUGCAUAUUAUGAGAUGUAUAUGUGCUCUAAAUGCACUUACUAUAUUCAUGUAUUUUGUAUUAUUGUUUUGUUUAACACUAAAAACUGUAAAGUUUAUGUGUAAUAAAAUUUUGCUCUGUUCUAUUAAAGUAUAA